AUGAAAACAAAUCAAAUCAAAAAUUUAAAAAAAAUAUACCGCCAUAUAUUAAGUGAAGCUUCAAAGUUUGAAAAUAUAAACUAUAGUGUUUAUUUUACCAACAAGGCAAAAGAGAAUUUCAGAGAAUUUUUUAGUAAUAAUAAUCACAACAGCGAAAAAUUAAAAGUAUUUGAAGAUGAAUGUAAUGAUUAUCUUAAUAUGUUAAAAAGACAAACUAUAAUACAUAAUUUAUACCACGUUGAUAAACCUUUAGUUUAUAAGUAA